AUGCUCUUCUGUGCCCUUUCACUGACGUCGGCCACAUGCUCCCGCGACGGGGGCCAGUCCCCGCUGUCGGACAUUGCCCUCAACCAGGUGCUCGAGCCGCACGGUGCAGCCAUGAACGUGGCCGUCAAGAACACCAUCGUCGGCACGGCGGCGCCGGACUGGUCGGCAUACCUGGUCAAGGUCUUUGAGCUCGAGGGUAAGGUCACGCCCAAAGAGAUCGUGGCCGGCUGGGACGCAGCCAUGGCCAAGCUGACGCCGACCGCCGCUGUCAUGCCGGGCGCGCUCGAGCUCAUGGCCGCCUUCCGCGACGCAGGCGUCCCGAUGUCCCUCUGCACCUCGUCCAAGGCCUCGUCGGUGGCGGUCAAGGAGUCGACCAAGGCUGACAUGUUUUCAUUGUUCUCGGCACGGGUGUGCGGCGACGACGCCGAGCUGAAGAACGGCAAGCCGGCGCCGGACAUCUUCCUGCUUGGCGCCAAGCGCCUUGGCCUCGAUCCUACCACCUGUGUCGUGUUUGAGGACUCGGAGGCAGGCAUGCAGGCCGGUAAGCUUGCCGGGUGCUUUGUUGUCGGCGUCGUGCCCGAGCCUAGCGGUGACAUCUCGCGCUUCCAAGCUGACAUCCUCGUCGCCUCCAUGGCAGACAUCGUCGUCACGCCCGUCAACGGCGGCGGCGUCACACUCUCCACAACGGCCAGCCUAUAA